GCUGUCCCGCCCUCCUCGCCUCACGCUCCCUCAGAAGCAGGCUCGUAGCCCGGCUCUUGGGGCCAAGAUGAGUUUGUUUGGAUCAACCUCAGGGUUUGGAGCUGGUGGUACCAGCAUGUUUGGAAAUACAGCAACAGAUAAUCACAACCCCAUGAAGGAUAUUGAAGUUACAUCUCCACCUGAUGACAGCAUUGGUUGUUUAGCUUUCAGUCCACUAGCCUUGCCGGGUAACUUCCUUAUUGCAGGAUCCUGGGCAAAUGAUGUUCGGUGUUGGGAAGUUCAAGAUAAUGGACAAACUAUUCCGAAAGCUCAGCAGAUGCACACAGGGCCUGUGCUAGAUGUGUGUUGGAGUGAUGACGGGAGUAAAGUAUUUACUGCCUCUUGUGAUAAAACUGCCAAAAUGUGGGAUCUCAACAGUAACCAGGCCAUACAAAUUGCACAGCAUGAAGCCCCUGUUAAGACUGUCCAUUGGAUUAAAGCACCAAACUAUAGCUGUGUGAUGACAGGAAGUUGGGAUAAAACUUUGAAGUUCUGGGAUACACGAUCACCAACUCCUAUGAUGACAUUACAACUGCCUGAAAGAUGCUACUGUGCUGAUGUGGUGCAUCCCAUGGCAGUUGUCGCCACUGCAGAAAGGGGUUUGAUAGUAUACCAGUUAGAGAAUCAGCCUUCUGAAUUUAGAAGAAUAGACUCUCCACUGAAACACCAGCAUCGCUGUGUUGCUAUUUUUAAAGACAAAGUGAACAAACCUACUGGAUUUGCCCUUGGAAGUAUUGAAGGAAGGGUAGCAAUUCACUAUAUCAACCCACCAAAUCCAGCCAAAGAUAACUUCACUUUUAAAUGUCAUCGCUCCAAUGGAACGAACACAUCAGCACCUCAGGAUAUCUAUGCUGUAAAUGGGAUAGCAUUUCAUCCUGCCCAUGGCACCCUUGCAACUGUAGGAUCUGAUGGUAGAUUCAGCUUUUGGGAUAAAGAUGCACGAACAAAGCUAAAAACAUCAGAACAGCUUGACCAGCCAAUAUCUGCCUGUUGUUUUAACCACAAUGGGAAUAUUUUUGCAUAUGCUUCCAGUUACGACUGGUCCAAGGGUCAUGAAUUUUAUAAUCCACAAAAGAAAAACUACAUUUUUCUGCGUAAUGCAGCAGAAGAGUUAAAGCCCAGGAAUAAGAAGUAGUGAGUAUAAUUCUGACUGGUGUUACAGCAGUACUUUUCUGCCACUGGACUCCCUUGCAGUUGUCAAUUUUGGAUCGCUAACAUUUAGCAGGAAACCCUAUAAAUAAUACCAAAGUGUAUUCUGACUUGCUGGAGAACAUCAUUCAAAAUAUGUAUUCUGAUGUGUACAGGAGUGUCUGAUAUUUGCAGGAUGACUUACCAUACAUCUAUUCCUCUGCAGUAACUGCUGUAAAAUCUCUAAAUUCAAGACUGGUAUUACUUUACUGUUUAGAAAUGCAAAUAUGUCUAUGCCAAUAUUUUACCGUUACUACAAUAAAAUAUGUGCAUUUACAAUAGUUCUGGAAAAAUUGUACAGAUACUGUUUCUUUUAACUAUUUGGGGAAUUAUGAAUAACUUGUCUCAAAGGGGGCUGGUCAUUCUGAUUUUAAUAAAGAAGCGUUAGUGACUAUAGCAGAAAGAAAGCUUUGCAAAUUUGGUUUUCCUCAGGGUUUGGAUUAAUUUGGUAUUUAUGUAUGUGACGAAGACCCAACGUAGAACAGAGAGGCCUUGUGCAAACUCCCCUUUUCUCUUACCAUGUA